AUGGCAUGGGCACCCGGCCUCGCGGCGAUAGCUCGCGAUGAGCGCGUCGUCCUCCUGACCAUCGGCCUCGCCACCUAUGGGCUGGUCCGAAGCAUCUUCGCCGGCCUCACCGUCAUCCGCGACCUCAACGUGGUGCCGCCCGCAGAACCCAAGACGCAGUACAUCACCCAGGACACAGAGGAUGCCCUGCAGCUGGAGACGAUCGAGAAGCUCUUGAACCAUCCAAGCUACUCCAUUAGAGAAGUCGCCACCAAGAUUCUCUGCGACAGGGCAAUCAACGACUCCGAGACGACGACGCACCUGCUCUACGGCAUCACCCGACCCGACUACGACGAGCGUAUGCAAUGCCUCCGAGCACUCGCUCUGCUGACAGGGCAGACCAUGGGCCUCGACGGCUUGUCCAGGCUGAACAACGAGAUGGCCUACUCGGCCCUCGUGAGAUCGCUCGAGCUGAGCCUCCACGAUGUUGAGCGCCCCGACCUCAGCAACAGCCACUGGGACGAAUACUACCUGCGCGACAUGGCCGAGAGAUUCUGCCUCAUGUUUGUCUUCGAACUCGUCAACAAGUACGGUGCCAGCCUAAUCAUCAAGGCCAAGUUUGUCGAAAAGUGGCUCGCCAAGCAAAACUGGGGCAGCGAUCCGCAACAACGUCGCUGCAGAUUCAAAGAAUACAUGGAUCUGAAGAAUAACCGCCUCGCCGAAAUCGUGACUGGCAUCAAGCACUCAAAGCGCGGUCUUCGCGCGCUCGAAAAGGCCGGCUUGAUAGACAAGGAAAGCUCUCGGCGACGCUCGGGAGAGCUCCCCGAACUCAUCAUGGAAAUAGAAGAGGAGAUUGUCGGGGAACAACCGACGGAUCCAAUGGCUCGUCGAACAAGGGAACACUCUGCUGAAGAGCGACGACUUCGACGCCAGCAUCGGGAGGCCAUGGUCCUAAACGACGGGACGAGACCGCUCGGUCGAGAAGACAUUAUUGAACGGGACCAUGGAUCGCCGGCUUAG